GACAGAGUUUGCGUUUAUCACUUAGGUGCCUUAUACCUCGCGUGUAUCGUGAUCGUCACCCGACAAUCUUUCGUUCUUUAUAUCCGUCACAAUUCUCCAUUUUUUCGAUACAGUGUUCGGAAAUGAUGCAGGAAAAAUUCGCACCGUAUAAAUUUGAACGUCGAUAAAGAAAACCUAGUUUCUGAUUAACCGAGUUUUGCAACUGUGUUUCUGUUUCGCAAGUACCGUGUGUUACAUGUGUUUAGUGAAUGUUGUACACUACCGAUUCUCUCGGCACUCAUUUGACAUAAUCAAGUUAAAAUAUUUAUCAGGUCAACCUCACCAUGUCGAGCUCUUUCACGAAGUUUCAUCCGAUUUUUGUACGAUGUGACGGGGAUUUCUAGGUCUGUUAGCAUCAGUACUGGUUUGUCCCGGCGUUCAUCCCAUGGAAUCAAUCGUUCCGGAACGCGACCUGACGCCGAGGAAUUUUAACCCGCACCCCUACGUGUCGGCAGCGAUGGGAACGGCCAUUCUCUCUAAUUUCGAUCACCCUUACGCGGCUGUCGCGUCAAAGCGUUCAGGACACGUUCGAAACCGUUCGAAAACUCGGGACAGCGACCGUGUCGCUUCGAUUACCAGCCUAGCCAAUUUCGCUCGUGAUUUCCUCGGGCUUAUCAAUGGGAAAAAACGGCAACCGGUUAUUUCAGACUAUCCGUACAAUGGCGCCUUCAAGUUUCCGUUGGAGAUAAACGAGCGGCACGCGGCCGAAAGUGUGGGUGGAUACGGAAUCAUCGGGAGUGCCGUACAGGGUAAUCAGAACGGAGGCGAAAUUGGUGUGGAGAAACUCGCCAUUGGAUAUUACAGAGAUGAAGACGGAGAUGGAACGAGGAGGAAACUGCCAACUGUCAAGGAUGCCGGGCUAUUCCUGCAGGGGAAGCUGCUUUUCGAGGAGAAGCUUAAUUUCGCAAGCGUUCAACAAUCUCCCUUUAACGAAGAAUCCGCGGCCCUUCGGGAUACAAACGACAACCUUAGCCGAGGAUUGUACGUGACAAGUGACGAAGAGGAUCACUUCCAGCCGGGUGCACCGCGGGCUUCGUCCGAUACGUCCGACGUCUCCGAUUUAAGGCUCGUUUCAUUGACGAGGUACGACGUCGUCAACCCGACGUGCUGCAGCGGCAGCCGCCAAGUUUCUCUGACGGGUUACCUCGGCCACGAAGGCUGGUCGGUUGAUCAGCUCCAGCCUCUUUACGGAAUCAACACUCAUCCUCGGCCGGAUUAUUUCCUUACCUCGGAUCCAGAUUAUCGGCAUCAUUCACAUCGCUUCGACGAAAAUCAACUUUUUCUUACCGCUGUACCCAGUCCGCGUUAUUCCUCGUAUUUUCCCUUUCAUACUCCGUCACGUGGUAAUAAUCGAGUGAUGUGAUUUGUGUAGAUUCACCGCGUGAUAAAUAUUGUCCAAUUUUGAAGUGGAAAAUGUUGACGGAAAUUGGAUAUACUUAUAAUAAGUAUAUCCUAGCUGUCGAAUAAAAUUUCAUUGGAAUUCUUAUUCCUCGUAUAAUAUGCAACGGAGGAUUGAAAUUUUACUCGGAUCAAGGAUCACGUUGGAAUCGUACGUUCAGUCAAGUAUUUCCUUUAAACACAGCGAUUUAUGAAUUUCUAUGUACAAACGAUACCCAAUUUCCAAUACUGAUCAGUGAUAUGUAGCUUUACAACAUGAACUCGAGUAUUCCUGUACAGAGACUACCAGUUAACUCACAAGUUACGCCGAUCCUCUCGAUUAAACAUGUCGUAACAUUA